UCAGGCAAAUGAAAAUGAUUCUCAGCGUGAAUAUGAAGAGAUUUCAGAAGCACGUGCUAGGAAGAUAGAAGAAGAAGCGCGUGCUUAUGAGACGUCAAUUGCGGGAGUCAUGGAGCACCUUAACGAAGUUGAUGAAGUUGUUGAUGAUCCUGAUUUGUUUGGCCGGUGCACAACACUCCUUAUGAGGGAGCAAGCUGCAAGGGAGAUGUAUGUGACUCUGAAGAACAAGAGGGAAAGACUCCUGAUCUUCUUGAAGCACGACAAGACAAAAAAUGGCUGAUGAAAUUAAAAUUGCGGAAAAGUAUCGUAAACGACGGAACAAACGGAUUAAUCAAGUUGCAGUAGCAGUUGGUGGAUACGCUUCUCUUCAUUUGUGUAAAGAGCCCCAGCACACAAGUAUUUAUACAGGCAAGGCAUGGGUAAGGGACGUUUUACAAGGCCAUUCCACCCGUUGUUAUAACAUGUUUAGGAUGGAAAGGGAAGUGUUUUUUAGUCUUUGCACAGAAUUGCAGCAACACGGUCUUACGGAAACUAGAAAUGUUGGGAUACAUGAAAUGGUUGCAAUGUUUUUAAAUACCGUUGGCCAUGCGCUUAGUAGUAGGAUGCAGCAAGAAAGAUUUCAGCAUUCGGGGGAGACAAUUAGUAGACAUUUCCAUAAUGUCUUACUGGCAUGCUGUAGACUUGCUAUGUCCAAUAUCAAACCAAAAGAUCCAACAUUUCAGCAUUUGCAUUCAAAAAUACAGCCCGGUGGUCGAUACUGGCCCUUUUUCAAACAUGCUAUUGGAGCAAUUGAUGGAACACAUAUUUCAUGCGUUGUUAAUGCAACUGACCAAACAAAAUUUGUUAACCGAAAAGGAAGAGUGACGCAAAAUGUAAUGGCGGUUUGCGAUUGGGACAUGUGCUUCACUUUUGUAUUAGCCGGAUGGGAAGGUAGUGCGCAUGAUGCUCGUAUAUUUGACCACGCUCUCACAACUCCUUCCAUGAACUUUCCCCAUCCGCCUCAAGGCAAAUAUUAUUUGGUGGAUGCUGGCUAUCCGACACCCGUGGGAUACCUUGGUCCCUACAGACGUGAACGCUAUCAUCUCCCUGAUUUUCGAAGGUCAUCUGCACUUGAAAAUGACAAUGAGGCGUUUAAUUAUUUGCACUCAAGUCUACGAAGCACUAUUGAAAGAACUUUGGAGUUUGGAAGAUUUGAACAAGAAGGUUCUUAUGCAGAAGAAAAUAACGAUGAUGAUGGAGUUGGAUCUUCACAUAUACCUUCAUCAAUAGAAUCUUCAUCUCAUAUGGCUCGACUUCGUGACUCCAUAAGAGAUCAAAUUAUUCACUAUAUACGAGAAUAG